AUGCUGCUGAGGUUGACAUUGGACGAUUUCGACAAUACCGAAUACGACAUCCGAACUCCACAGCAGUGGAUAGAAAUGGGCCACCAGGAUGGUGGCGAUGAGUGCCUGCCAGUAUCUGCUACUGGUCUUCGGCUCAAUGAAGAUCGCUCCGGCACCUGGCAG